AGGAGAAGCUCAGAGAAGAAGGGGGUGUUGAGUCUUUCGGAGCAAGGAUUGGAAACCUUAAAAUCCAUAGAAAACAGUCAAGCCCUGGAAAGUCUCAUCAUGAAUUCUGGAGUUGCCAUGAAAUAUGGAAAUGACUCCUCUGCAGAGCUGAGCGAGCUCCACUUAGCAGCUCUGGCAUCACUGAAAGGAGAUGUUGUUGAACUUAAUAAACGCCUGCAGCAAACAGAACGGGAGAGAGAUUUGCUAGAAAAGAAAUUGGCAAAGGCACAGUGUGAACAGUCUCACCUAAUGAGAGAGCACGAAGAUGUACAAGAGCGGACGACGCUUCGCUAUGAGGAACGAAUCACAGAGCUCCACAGCAUUAUUGCAGAGUUAAAUAAAAAAAUUGAUAGACUACAAGGAACUACAAUCAGGGAAGAAGAUGAGUAUUCAGAACUACGAUCAGAACUUAGUCACAGCCAACUUGAAGCCAAUGAAGAUUCACAUAGCGUGGACCAAGAUCAAGCUUCUGUUUCCGUCCCAGAGAACCAGUCAACCAUGGUCACAGUUGACAUGGAUACCUGUAGUGACUUGAACUCUGAACUGCAGAGAGUGCUGACGGGUCUGGAGAAUGUAGUCUGCGGGAGAAAGAAGAGCAGCUGCAGUUUGUCCGUAGCAGAUGUGGACAGACAUAUUGAGCAGCUCACCACUGCCAGUGAACACUGCGACCUAGCCAUUAAGACAGUAGAAGAAAUCGAAGGUGUGCUAGGGCGAGACCUCUAUCCAAAUCUGGCGGAAGAGAGGUCUCGAUGGGAGAAAGAACUGGCAGGCCUGCGGGAAGAGAAUGAGAGCCUCACUGCAAUGCUAUGCAGCAAAGAGGAGGAGCUGAACAGGACCAAGGCCACCAUGAAUGCUAUCCGGGAAGAACGAGACAGAUUACGCAGAAGGGUUCGAGAACUACAGACACGCUUACAGAGCGUACAGGCAACUGGCCCAUCGAGCCCAGGUCGUCUCACUCCAGCCAACCGUCCCAUUAACCCUAGCACUGGUGAACUAAGCACAAGCAGCAGCAGUAAUGACAUUCCCAUUGCCAAGAUUGCUGAGCGAGUAAAACUCUCAAAGACAAGGUCAGAGUCUUCCACAUCAGAUCGCCCUGUCCUGGGAUCUGAAAUCAGCAGCAUAGGAGUCUCAAGCAGUGUGGCUGAACAUCUAGCCCACUCUCUUCAGGACUGCUCCAACAUCCAAGAAAUUUUCCAGACGCUCUACUCGCAUGGUUCUGCUAUCUCUGAAAGUAAAAUCCGAGAAUUUGAAGUAGAAACUGAACGAUUAAACAGCCGCAUUGAGCACUUAAAAUCUCAGAAUGAUUUAUUGACAAUAACUCUGGAAGAGUGUAAGAACAAUGCUGAGAGGAUGAGCAUGUUGGUUGGAAAAUACGAAUCCAAUGCCACAGCCCUCAGGCUUGCGUUGCAGUACAGUGAACAGUGCAUUGAAGCUCAUGAACUGCUGCUAGCAUUGGCAGAAAGUGAACAGUCUCUCAUUCUUGGGCAAUUCAGAGCUGCAGGUGUUGGGUCUGUUGGGGAACAAACAGGUGAUGAAAACAUCACCCAGAUGCUUAAAAGAGCUCAUGACUGCAGGAAGACAGCUGAGAAUGCAGCCAAAGCCCUGCUGAUGAAAUUGGAUGGGAGCUGUGGAGGAGCCUAUGCAGUCACUGGCUGCAGUGUGCAGCCCUGGGAGAGCCUGUCGUCCAACAGCCAUACCAGUACCACCAGCUCAACAGCAAGUAGUUGUGAUACUGAGUUCACGAAGGAGGAUGAACAGAGAUUGAAGGACUAUAUUCAGCAGCUGAAGAAUGACCGGGCAGCUGUGAAGCUGACCAUGUUGGAACUGGAGAGCAUCCAUAUCGAUCCCCUUAGUUACGAUGUCAAGCCACGCGGAGAUAGCCAAAGGCUGGAUCUAGAAAAUGCGGUACUCAUGCAGGAACUCAUGGCAAUGAAGGAGGAAAUGGCAGAGCUGAAGGCGCAGCUGUACUUGCUAGAAAAAGAGAAGAAAGCCCUGGAGCUGAAGCUGAGCAGUCGAGAAGCUCAAGAGCAGGCCUACCUGGUCCACAUUGAGCACCUGAAGUCAGAAGUGGAAGAGCAAAAGGAACAGAGAAUGAGAUCCCUCAGCUCAGCUAGCAGCAGCAGUAAAGAUAAGGCAAGUAAGGAAUGUACAGAGAGCACUACAGCAUCAUUAACAUUAGCUGAGCUGAAACCCUACAGUGAAAGUGAACUUACUACAGAACUGGCAAAUGCACUCAGACGAGAAAAGAAACUGAAAGCCAGAGUACAGGAAUUGGUGAGUGCCUUAGAGAGACUGACAAAGAGCAGCGAAAUCCGGCACCAGCAGUCUGCAGAGUUUGUUAAUGACUUGAAAAGAGCAAACAGUAACCUUGUGGCUGCCUAUGAGAAAGCAAAGAAGAAGCAUCAAAACAAGCUGAAGAAACUGGAGUCUCAAAUGAUGGCUAUGGUUGAAAGGCAUGAGACACAAGUGAGAAUGCUCAAACAAAGAAUUGCGUUGCUAGAAGAGGAGAACUCAAGACCACAUACCAAUGAAACAUCACUUUAAGCAGAGUGAAAGGUGUUUUUUGUUGUUUGUUGUUUUGUUGUUCUGUAAAGAAUCCAUGUGCCAUUGCAAACCUGUCUCCUUGCAAGACUGAUUUAGAUCUUGAACACAUAAGGGAAUCUGAAGUAAACUGGAAGUCAGCAAGUCCCAAGAGAGGUCAUGGGUUUGAAGAUGGUCCAGCCAUAAGCAAGAGGCAAAAAGGAAAAGAGCUUUUUUUUCUUGGAUGUUUGCCCAUAAUCAGAUAGUGCCUGUUAGUAAAUGUAUCUCUUUAUCAAGGUACUAUGUAAUUAUUUUAUUCACACCAUGAAAAGAUCUCUUUUUCUUUAUGGG